AUGGCUAGAGACCAUCUAGUCAUCCCAUUCCUGGUCACGAUGAUGCUCGUGACCGGGGUUUGCAAUACUAUUCUGAACAAAUUCCAGGAUAUGCAAUGUGUUCGGAAUUGUGACUCGCUGGAUCCUAGAGAACGCAAGACCUUUGAGCAGCCGGUUAUCCAGACGAUCCAGAUGUUUAUCGGAGAGUCGGGUAGCUGGAUCUUCGUCUUUGGCUUCUACGUAUACCGUCAAUAUCUAGCUCCACGUUUAUCUAACGGAGCAUCGCCCCUUCUUGUCGGUGGAUACAACCCCGUUGACACGGAUGACCGGUACGAUGACGAAGACAAUACGAUUAAUAAUGUCGAUGGCGCUCCCCGUCUCCCUAAACCAUCUGACGUGGAUGAGGAAGGGCGGGUGAAACUCAAGGGCGCUAAGAUCUUUCUGCUCGCCGCGCCGGCAUGCUGUGACAUCGCGGGUACGACGCUCAUGAAUGUCGGUCUGCUUUUUGUUGCCGCUAGUAUCUACCAGAUGACUCGUGGGGCGUUGGUGCUCUUCGUUGGACUUUUCAGUGUAGUCUUUCUCCGUCGGAAGUUGUAUCUGUACCAAUGGACUGCGCUGGUCGUGGUCGUCCUCGGUGUUGCGCUGGUUGGUCUUGCGGGUGCGCUGUUCGGUGACGACGCACAUGAUGUACCUCAGGAGGAUGCCACCGCUACUGUUUUGCAUGCAUUGAUGCAGGCCCGCGCUGUCGCACAGACCCCUGAGACGGUUAAAGCAGUCAUUGGUGUUUUGCUUAUCGCUGCUGCUCAGAUCUUUACUGCAUCGCAGUUCGUUUUGGAAGAAUGGAUUUUAGAAAACUAUGCCAUGGACCCGCUCGAGGUUGUUGGUUGGGAGGGCAUCUUUGGAUUCUCCGUCACGGUCUUUGCAUCAAUCAUCUUGUACCUGGCCGUGGGGCGCACGCCAGCGGGCCGCUACGGAUACUUUGAUGCGAAGGAAGGCUGGCAUGAAGUCUUCUCUAACCGCAAUGUCGCCUUAUCCAGUCUCUUCAUUAUGCUGAGUAUUUUUGGUUUCAACUUCUUCGGUCUCUCCGUAACCCGUACUGUAUCCGCCACCUCCCGUAGCACGAUCGACACCUGCCGUACCCUAUUCAUCUGGCUCGUCUCCUUGGGUCUGGGCUGGGAGUCAUUCAAAUGGCUCCAGGUCGCGGGAUUCGCCUUGCUGGUCUACGGCACUUUCUUGUUCAACGACAUUGUCCGGCCCCCUCUCAAAGCAUGUCUUCCGCGGAACGUAUCGGAGAGACAGGCUUUAGUGCUACCUGAGGAGCCUAUUGAACAUGCUUGA